AUGUGUGACAGGUCAAGCCAGUUGACUGCCACGCUCCUGACCUCCAUCUUGGCGGCUGUGUUUGGCUCACUCCAGAUUGGCUACCACACAGGCAAUGUCAACGCUCCCGCCAGGAUCAUCGAGGAGUUCUUCAAUGUAACCUGGAGGUCCAGACAUAACCAGUCGAUGCCCGAUCACAGUCUGACCUUCCUGUGGUCCCUCUCGGUCAGCAUCAAGGACUUCGGAGCCUUGCUUGGGUCCCUCGGGGUCAAAUGCCUGGCUGACUCCUACGGAAGGCGUAACUCCAUCCUGAUCGUCAAUGCCCUUUCUGUGGUGGGCGCCUGUCUGAUGUUCUCCUCCAAGGCCAGCGAGUCGUUCGAGGUCCUGAUCGUGGGCCGGCUGGUGUUCGGCCUGUUCUGUGGCCUGGUCAUGAGCCUCAACCCUCUCUACAUCCAGGAAGUGUCGCCCACUAACCUGAGAGGGGCGUUCGCCACCCUCAACCAGGUCUCCUUUGCCACAGGCAUCCUGCUCGGCAUGCUGGCGGGCCUUGAGACAGUGCUGGGAACCGAGGAGUCCUGGGCCAUGAUGCUGUCCCUGUCCCUCAUCCCUGCCCUGCUCCAGUACCUCAGCCUGCCCUUCUGCCCCGAGAGCCCCCGCUACCUGCUCAUCAACCGGGGGGAGGAGAGCCAGGCCGAGAACGCCUUGCUGAGGCUCAGAGGAAGGUCAGACAAGGUCUUCACAGAGCUGGAGGAGAUGAAGGAGGAGGCAGCUCGCACCCAGACAGGGGUGACCAUCAAGGAGUUCUUCAUGAAGCGGAGCUACAGACAGCCAAUCAUCAUCGUCCUCAUUGUCAACCUGGGUAGCCAGUUGUCAGGCUUCAAUGCGAUCAUCAACUACUCCACCAAGAUGUUUAACCAGUCCAGGAUGGAUGAGGCCAAGUACUUGACACUGGGGGUCGGGGCGGUCAACGUGACCUUCACCUUGGUGGCUUUCUUCCUGAUGGAGCGGGCGGGACGCAGGAAGCUGCUGCUGACUGGCUUCAUAUCUCUGGCAGCCUGCAACCUGCUCAUGACCAUCACAGACUCCCUGCUGUUUAUGGUCCCGGAGCUGUGCAGCCUGCAGGUCCUGGUGGUGUUCUUCCUGAUCUCGGCCUACGAGCUUGGCCCCGGGCCCAUCUCCUGGUUCAUAGCUGCCGAGCUGUUUGACCAACCAAGCAGGCCCAUCGCCAUGUCCUUCACCAGCAUGCUCAACUGGGGAGGGAAGUUUCUGCUAGCCCUGCUCUUCCCCCCACUGCUGAAAGUGUGUGGUGCCUACGUCUACCUCCUCUUCAUGACGGUGGCCAUCGUGGCGUUUACCUUCACGUGGCUACGCCUCCCAGAGACCAAGGGCCGCACCUUCGACGACAUCGCAGCCGAGUUCCGCGGGGCUGAGGGCAUCCCCCUGCACAACAAGACUGGCUUCAACACCUUCACCUGACCACCUCCAGAGACUGGCCCCCAUCCCACUAUCACCACCACCUGACCCAGCCUCCCUCCAGCCUGGCCCCCAUCCCACUAUCACCACCACCUGACCCAGCCUCCCUCCAGCCUGGCCCCCAUCCCACUAUCACCACCACCUGACCCAGCCUCCCUCCAGCCUGGCCCCCAUCCCACCACCACCACCACCUGACCCAGCCUCCCUCCAGCCUGGCUCCCAUCCUACUGUCACCAUCCUCCCCAGCCCACUCACCCUUCCAACCCAACAGCAGACUGGAGGUCUAGACUGGAGGACAAGCAUUCAUGCAGUCAAACAUGGACACCUCCGAUCUAUAUAUAUACAUAUACACACAGAGAUAGAUAUAUAGUUACUGUCUAGAUAUAGAUAUAUAUAUACAUGCUGUAUAUACAUAUACUUAUAAACGUAGAUCUAUUACACUAAAUACUAUGUGAUUCCUACUGAGGCAUUGUGUUUUUCUUUUCUCAGAGAACAGUACUUUAGCACAUAAAAGAUCGAUUUUUCUGUCCUCUGUCCCCUGAGCAGCAGCACUUGCAGACAUAGCUGCAUGUGGCACUCAGCCCAGGUUGACACCAGGUCUCUCCACCAGGUUUCUCCAAGUCACAACAGCUCUGGGAGAUCUGCCACCCCUGUGUGUACAUUGUAAGACAGGAAAUGGAGGCCUGCCAAGUGAUAAAUAAAUGCUGUAUCCGAUGUGUUCAGUUGUGGCUGGGAGGCAGU